AAUUGCUGCCAACUCAUUCCUGUCCUUGACCACGACGCUCGUCGUAACAAUGGACAAACUCUCGUCCCUUGCCCGCUUCAAGUCGUCCUGCCCCUUCUUGGGCCGCACCAAGACCUCCACCCUCCGCACCCUGUGCACCACUCAGUCCUCGCGCUACCACUCGCUCUCUCGCCUCACCGAGAAGGCGACGAAAUGCCCCGUCAUGGGCCCCGCCCUCUCCGUGCGCUCGGGCGAGAUAGCCGCCGGCUACGCGAGCGUUGCCGGGACGAGCGUUGCCAGCGAAGAGGAAGUCGUCAAGAUCCACGAGCAGAAGGGCGUCGCCCUCCCGCUCCACGGCGCCGCCAACCCUGACAUGUGCCCGCACGCCUCCGCUGCCCGCGCUGCUGCCCGCCGGGCCGAGGACCUCGCCGCUGCGAAGAGGAGCGUCGAAGCCAAGAAGGCCGCUGCGGCCGGAUGCCCCUUCCACGCUGCGGCCGGUGGCGCUCAGGCGAGCACGAGCGCUGCCGCUAAGCCCAAGCCCAAGGUUGGCUUCAACUACGAGGGCUUUUACGCCGCGGAGCUCGACAAGAAGCACAAGGACAACUCGUACCGCUACUUCAACAACAUCAAUCGUCUCGCCGAGAAGUUCCCCGUCGCUCACACCGGGAAUCUGAAGGAUGAGGUCGAGGUGUGGUGCGCCAACGACUAUCUAGGGAUGGGCAACAAUCCGGUCGUCCUUGAGACCAUGCACCGUACCCUCGACAAAUAUGGACACGGUGCCGGCGGUACCCGUAACAUAGCCGGCAACACCGCCUGGCAUCUUGGUCUUGAGCAGGAGCUCGCCAACUUACACCGCAAGGAGGCGGCGUUAGUGUUCUCGUCGUGCUACGUGGCCAACGACGCGACACUCGCCACCCUCGGCUCAAAGCUUCCCGGCUGCGUGUACUUCUCCGACGAGAUGAACCACGCGUCGAUGAUCCAAGGCAUGCGUCACUCUGGCGCCAAACGUCACAUCUUUAAGCACAACGACAUGAAAGACCUCGAAGCGAAGCUCCAGAUGUACCCGAAGGAGACGCCGAAGAUCAUCGCGUUCGAGAGCGUCUACUCCAUGUGCGGAAGCAUCGGUCCCAUCUCGGAAAUUUGCGAUCUGGCUGAGAAGUACGGCGCCUUGACCUUCCUCGACGAGGUGCACGCCGUCGGCCUUUACGGACCACGUGGCGCCGGCGUCGCGGAACAUCUCGACUACGACCUGCACAAAGCCGCCGGCCAGAGCCCGCUGCCCAUCAAGGGCACGGUCAUGGACCGCGUCGACAUCAUCACGGGCACACUCGGCAAGGCAUACGGCGCGGUUGGCGGUUACAUCGCGGGCUCCACGGAAUUCGUCGACAUGAUUCGGUCUUACGCUCCCGGCUUCAUCUUCACCACCUCGCUCCCCCCCGUCACCGUCGCCGGCGCACACUCCUCCGUCGUCUACCAGAAGGAGUUUAACGGCGAUAGGCAACUCAAACAGCUCAACGUCUCGGUCGUCAAGCAGGGCUUCGAGGCGCUCGACCUGCCGGUCGUCCCCGGUCCUUCCCACAUCGUCCCCGUGCUCGUCGGUGAUGCCGCCCUCGCCAAGGCCGCGUCGGACAUGCUGCUCGCCAAGUACGACAUCUACGUGCAGUCGAUCAACUACCCCACCGUUGCGCGCGGCGAGGAGCGGCUCCGGUUCACGGUCACCCCCCGGCACACUCUCGAGCAGAUGACGCGCCUCGUGCACGCCGUCGACGACGUCUUCACCCAGCUCGGCAUCAAGCGCACGUCGCAGUGGCGCGCGGAGGGCGGCCGCGCUGGCGUAGGCAUGGGCCUCGAGGGCAAGGUGCAGCCGAUCUGGACGCCGGAGCAGCUCGGACUCGCGGACGGGACGGCGCCGAAGCAACUGCACAACGGCGACAAUCGCUACGUGGACCCGCACGCGGUGCGCGUCGCGAGGAGCCGGUUCGAUGGCUUGCUCGGGAAGUUCGAGGAGCCGACGGUGGUCAUGACUUCUGGUGCGCGCGUGGCGGAGGCGACGGCUGGGUUCGUCAACCCUGUUAGCCAGCACUCGCCGACGCCGGUUGUUGUCGCUUAGUUUCUUGAAUUCUCGUCUGCCUGUCUGUUCGUUUGUUCUCGAUGUCGUUUUCCCGACUUUGUACGCUGCUCGUCUGAUUCGGUCGCAGGAGGCCAGCACAAAUGAAAAACGUAGCGCCCGUUGCGCACCCACUUGAUUCCGCCAUUUUCCUGAGAUGAGGAUACACGGAACAAUCGAGCGUUCGAUGUCGAACAUUGUGUGAUCCAUAUAAACAGAAUACAUUCAUCGUUUUACAGCACGGGAAGCUACACGGGGAUCGCCGCGUUCCUGACGUUUUUGUAGCUUUUGCUGGCGCUUGCUUACGUUCUGCAUUUCGACGGUUUCGGGCUCAGGUUUCUCGGACGACCCAAAAGAUGGCAAUUUAAUGCCAAGCAUGGGCGCAAACGUGCUGACAGCCUUGAAGAUGGCAUACAGCGGUAUCACAAGGUAUAACCACCAGACCCAAUCCCCGAAGAGACCACUGCCAACCUGGCACGCCCAGGUAACAUAAAGGACAUCAAAACACCAUUCGGUGACGCCUGGACUGGCCAGGUCCUCGCCGCUGGAGAUGAGCGUGCCUGUAGUAGGAUCUCGUCGAGGUGUACCGGUCUUGAUGAGGUAGCGCGUAAGAAAUGCAGUCGGUAGGCCUGUUAAGACGUAGACGAAUGCCAAACUCUUCGAAGGGGGAAGGGUUUUGCGGUGGAAGAGCAGGCGGAAGAGCAAGGAGAGGAGGGUCGGCAGGAACAGCCCCAGGCGCAGGUUGCGAACCGC